UGGUGGGAGCCAUUCCCCGCGGCGCCACCACACAGGACCCACCACCACACAUCACCUCGCGUCCACCAUGCGGGAAAUAGUCCACAUACAGGUCGGCCAGUGCGGGAAUCAGAUCGGAUCAAAGUUCUGGGAGGUGAUAAGCGACGAGCAUGGAAUAGCGCCAGACGGAUCGUAUCAAGGAUCUCAUGAACUUCAGUUGGAGAGGAUCAAUGUAUACUACGGAGAGGCACAGGCCGGAAAAUACGUGCCGCGGGCCGUGUUGGUGGACCUGGAGCCCGGCACAAUGGACUCCAUCAGGUCCUCCACCUACGGACAGUUCUUCAAGCCCUACAACUUCUGCUACGGCCAGAGUGGGGCGGGGAACAACUGGGCGAAGGGGCAUUACACAGAGGGCGCCGAGCUGGUGGACACCGUGAUUGAUGUGGUGCGGAAGGAGGCGGAGGAGACGGACUGCCUUCAGGGGUUCCAGCUGAAGCACUCACUGGGGGGCGGCACCGGCUCGGGCAUGGGCACGCUUCUCAUCUCCAAGAUUCGUGAGGAGUACCCAGACAGAAUCAUGAACACCUUUUCCGUCAUGCCCAGCCCAAAGGUAUCAGACACAGUGGUGGAGCCGUACAACGCAACGCUUUCCGUGCACCAGCUGGUCGAGAACACGGACGAGACUUACUGCAUCGACAACGAGGCUCUCUACGACAUCUGCUUCAGGACCUUGAAACUCGCCACCCCGACCUACGGCGACCUCAACCACCUGGUGUCCCUCACGGUCUCCGGCAUCACUACCUGUCUGAGGUUUCCCGGCCAGCUGAAUGCCGACCUAAGGAAGCUGGCGGUGAACAUGGUACCCUUCCCCAGGCUUCAUUUCUUCAUGCCUGGCUUUGCGCCGCUCACAGCCCGCGGCAACCAGCAGUUCCUGAAUCUCACCGUGCCGGAGCUGGCCACGCAGAUGUUCGACGCUCGUAACAUGAUGGCCGCGUGUAACCCCAACAACGGCCGCUACCUCACCAUCGCCGCCGUGUUCCGUGGCCGCAUGUCCAUGAAGGAGGUGGACGAGCAGAUGCUGAAGAUGCAGAACAAGAACUCGUCCGCCUUCGUCGAGUGGAUCCCCAACAACGUGAAGACCGCCGUGUGUGACAUUCCCCCGCGCGGCCUCAAGAUGUCGGGGACUUUCAUUGGGAACUCUACGGCUGUUCAGGAGCUCUUCAAGCGCAUUUCGGAACAGUUCACGGCCAUGUUCAAGCGCAAGGCCUUCCUCCACUGGUACACGGGCGAGGGCAUGGACGAGAUGGAGUUCACGGAGGCGGAGAGCAACAUGAACGACCUGGUGAGCGAGUAUCAGCAGUACCAGGAGGCCGGGGUAGACAACGAUGAGGACGAAGAUGAGAACCAGGAUAACUACUACGACGAGGAGGGCAGCGCGGAGUACGAUAACUAUUAAUGAUGUAAGAGAAUAAUAUGGCAGCCACGAAGAGUUUUUUACGUUGAUGGAAAAUAAAAUUAAAAGCACGAUGAGAGAGAGAGAGAGAGAGAGAGAGAGAGAGAGAGAGAGAGAGAGAGAGAGAGAGAGAGAGACCCCAUUUAGCCCAAAGAUCACCUGAGAACAAUCAUCACCUUAUUUUCCUCACCUGAAUCACUCUGCUCACCCGCGUUUGUUACCUUGGCAUCUUGAAAGAGUUAUAUUCGAGAGAAAAAUAAAUUACUUUCCAUG